AUGACGGUGACGGUAAUGGUCACAGUCACAGUAACAGUCACAUUCACGGUGACGAUAAUGGUCAGGAUGACAAUAACGAUAAUGAUGAUGGUAGCAGUAAUGAUUACUGUAACGGUGACGAUAAUAGUAAUAGUAAUGGUAACGGUAAUAGUCACGGUAACGGUGAUCGACACAGUGAUUGAAACAGUGAUUGUAACAGUGAUGGUGACGGUGAGGGUGGCAAUAAUUAUGACUGUCACGGUCACGGUGAUAGUAUCGAUGACAAUUACUCACGAUAAUGGUAACGGUAAUGGUGAUGGUAAUAAUAACAGAAACAAUAACGGUAACGGUGAUGGUAAUAGACAUGGUAAUUGUAACGAUGACUGUAACGCUGGCGGUAAUGGUAACGGUGACGGUAAUGGUUAUGGUAAUGGUGACAUUAACGGUCAGGAUAACGAUGAAGAUAACGGUAACAAUAAUGAUAACGAUAACGAUAACUAUGACAGUAUUGAUAACGAUAACGAUAACUGUGACAAUAUUGAUAACGAUGACAGUAACGGUAAUGGUGAUGGUAAGGGUAACAGUGACAAUCAUGGUAAUGGUGACGUUGAAGGUAACGGAAAUGGUCACAGUCACGGUAACGGUAAUGGUGACGAUAACGAUCACGAUUAUGUUGACAAUAAUGAUAACAGUGACAAUAAUGGCAAUAGUGACGGUAACAAUGAUAUUGACAAUAACAAUGAUGAUAAUGCUAACAGUAACGAUAACAAUGAUGGUAAUGGUAAGGGUGACGAUAAUUGUCAUGAUGAUGGUAACGGUGACGGUGAGGGUAACAAUCAUGGUCACGGUCACGGUAACGGUAACGGUAACGAUAACAGUAACGUUGACGGUAAUGGCAAUAGUGACGGUAACAGUAAUGGUGAUGGUAAUAGUAACGGUGACGAUAACAGCAACAGUGACGAUAACGAUGACAGUGACGAUAACAAUAACGUUAAUGAUGAUAGUGACAAUGACAGUAGCUGUAACAGAAAGGGUGAUGAUAAUGGUCAUGAUGAUGGUAACGGUGAUGGUAACAGUUACAGUGACGAUGACAGUAACGGUCAUUGCAACAAUGACAUUAAUGGCUAUGAUAACGGUGAUGGUGAUGGUAACAGUAUCGGUAACAGUCAUGAUAAUGGUGACGGUAACGUCGUCGAUAACUAUAACGAUAAUGAUAACGGUAACAGUGAGGGUAAGGGUGAUAGUAAUAGUUAUGAUAACGGUAAAGGUUACGGUAACGAUGAUAGUAACAAUGACAGUAACAGUCAUGGUAACAAUGACAUUAAUGGUGAUGUGACGAUAACGGUAACUGUCUUGGUAAUGGUGACAGUAACGGUUAUGGUAGCAAUAAUGGUGAUAAUGACGAUAACGAUAACAAUAACGGUAAUGGUGACGGUAACAAUAACGAGUAAUGGUAAUUGUAACGGUGAUGAUGAUAGUAACGGUAAUGGUGAUGAUGAUGGUGACUAUAGCGAUGAUGGUAAUAGUAACAGUAACUGCUAUGGUGGUGAUGGUAGAAGCAAUAACGGUAGUGGUAAUGGUGAUGGUCACUGUAACGGUAACGAUAAUGGUGAUGAUAAUGGUCACGGUGAUUGUAAUGAUAACGGUAAUGGUAAUGGUAAUGGUAAUGAUGACGUUAACAGUAAUGAUAAUGAAGAGGAUAACAGUAAUGGUAAUAGUAACGGUAAUGGUAAUGGUGAUGGUAGCAGUAACCAUAAUGGUAACAAUCACGGUAACGAUGAUGGUAACGCAAUGGUGACAGUGAUGGUAAAGGUGAUGGUCAGAGUGACGACAACGGUCACUAUCAUGGUGAUGGUGACGGUGACGGUGACGGUAACGAUGACAAUUGCGGUGAUAGUAACAGUAACGAUAACAAUUACUGUGACGGUUACUGUAAUGAUAACGGUGAGUAACAGUAAUGGUAACAGUAACGAAAACAGUAACGAUAAUGAUAACAAUGACGGUAACGGUCACGGUAACUGUGACAGUAACAGUAAUGGUAAUGCUAAUGGUAAUGGUAACGAUUACGGUGACAGUAAUGGUAACAAUAAUGGUAACGACAACAGUGACGGUAAGGGUCACGGUAACAGUAACGGAAAUUGUAACUGUAACAAUGAUGGUUAUGGUGACAGUGAUGGUAAUGGUUACAGUGACUGUUACGGUAACAAUUACAUUGACAGUAACAAUUACGGUGACGGUAAUGGUUACAGUGACGAUAACGGUUACAGUGACAAUAACGGUUACAGUGACGAUAACGGUUACAGUGACUAUAACUGUGACGAUAAUAGUAACGAUAAUGGUAACGGUAAUGGUAACAGUACCAAUGAUAAUAAAGGUGACAGUGAGAGUAAUGGUGAUGGUGAUGGUAACUAUGACGAUAAUAAUUACGUUGACAGUCACAAUUACGAUGACGGUAAUGGUUUCAGUGAUGAUAACUGUGGUGGUAAUAGUAACGAUAAUGGUAACGGUAAUGGUAACAGUAACGAUUAUGAUAACGGUGACAGUGACAAUAACGAUGAUUGUAACGAUGACGAUAACGGUUACGAUGACAGUAACGGUAACGGUUGCGGUGAGGGUAACAGUUAUGGUGAUGUUAACAGUAACGAUGACACUGAUAGUGAUGGUAACGGUAACCGUCAUGGUAAUUGUGACGGUAACUAUAAUGGUGAUGGUAACAGUAAUGGUAACGGUAACGGUGAUAGAAUGGUUAUGGUAGCGGUUACGAUAACGGUCAUGGCCACGGUAACGAUGACGGUAAUGGUGAUGGUAAUGGUUACGAUAACAAUUAUAGUGACGGUAAUGGUAACGGUGACGGUGAUAGUAAUGGUAACGAUGACGUUGACAAUGACAGUGGUGGUAAUGGUCCUAAUCAUGGUUACGGUAAUAGUCACAGUCACAGUAAUGGUAAUGGUAACGGUCACGUUUAUGGUUACGAUAACAGUGACGGUAACAGUGACAAUAAUGGUAACCAUACGGUUAAGUUAUGGUAACGGUUAUGGUGACGGUAAAGGUAACGGUAACAAUGACGGUGACAAUAAUGAUAACGGUAAUGGUCAUGGUAAUUAUGACGGUAACAGUAAUGGUAAUGUAACAAUGACACUAAUGGUAACGAUGACGAUAAUAGUGACGGUAACGAUGACGCUAACGGUGACGAUAACGCUUAUGAUGAUUAUAACGGUGGCGAUAACUGUAACGGUUACGAUGAUCGUAAUAGUUAUAGUGACAGUAACGUUAAUGGUUACGGUGACGGUAACAGUUACGCAAUCAAGAGACCUAAAAGCAGCAGAGCUUGAUGUGGACCAUUUUAUUAAGGACAUGGAAUCAGUAAUGAGGCGUCCAAUUCAUGAAGAUGUCACAGCUGACGUUGACUCUGAAGAAGGCUCGUCAUCUGACAUGGAUUUUGAUGAAUCUGAAGGUGACAGCAAUGUAGCAUAUCCAUAUGAGGAUAAGAGGUGUGCGAAGGCUUGGUGCUACUGCAGUGGACAUGCACCAUGA